AUGGAGAGAAGCUUCUGGAAAGUCCUGAUGAUGGUUGGGGCUGCUGCUGCAGCAAUCACAUUGGCUCCUCGGCAAAAGCCGUUGACUUACAAAGAGGCUGUCAUGCUCGCCGUUGACCUCUACAAUGAAAGGGCAGCUGAAAACUUCACCUUCAGGCUGAUCAACGCUAUACCACAGCCUGAAUGGGAUGCAAAUUCUAAAAGCACCCAAGAGCUGAACUUCACCAUUAAAGAGACAGGGUGUCCAGCCCAGGAGGAAUGCCCUGAAGAAGAAAGCAGCUUCAGAUGUGAUGGGCUGGUUAAAGCGUGCUCUGGGUACUACUUCCUUGAGGAGUUCCCACCUGUGACUAUUGUCAGCUGUGAUGAAGUAGAAGAUGAGAAUUCAAGCUCCAGUAUUCCUCAGCAGCUGAACUUCACCAUCCAGGAGACUGUGUGCCCAGCCUCGGAAGGAAUGGUCUCCGAGCAAUGUGAAUUCAAGCCUGAUGGGCUGAUGAAAGAUUGUUCUGGAUACUCCUCCACUGAGCAGGCAAAUUCCCUUGUUGUUAUCACAUGUGAUGCUGCAGUUCAAAAGCCAGUCCAGACCACCAGAUUCCGAGGGCUUCGAGGGCUCCUGAGAGGGCUUGCAAAAGGGAUUUCAAGAGCAUUUCAAUAGGAUUUCAAUCCUCCAAUCAAUAACUGCAAACAGAGACCAGGAGUCAAGACGAAAGGGAUGACCCUGAAGAGCUGAGUCGAUGAUAGAGAAAGCCAGCUUUUGGAAACCCCUGCUUCAUAGAUCUUGCUUUUGCCUAUGCAAUCACUCCACCUCCUAAAUUCAAUUGCAUUUGCAAUAGAAUUUUUUUUUAAAGCUGUUCUGAAAUCUA